GCAGCUGCAUGCAGCAACCUUCCAUCCAAGGCCUUCCAUAGCAUGCAAGAAGCAAGACCACUCUGCUACCCAAACAUCUCAGGAAGACAGGAAGAGCUACCUGCAGUAUACCCUUCCAAUACCCAUACUCCAAGAUGAGGACGAUAAUGAAUCGAACGCGUAGAUAUCUCUAUAGUUGUGAUCUGAGGGUAUCACGGCUCCUUAUCUUGGUAGUGCUGCUAUUGUUAAGCUGUGCUACCCAAAGUUCUACAAGUGCUGGUAGUAAUACCGGGACUAAUAGCAACGGCUUUACGGAAUGGCUCCAGCAAGAAGAAGAGACGACCGUGAGAAAGCUGCAAGAAGAAGGCAUAAAUAGAGGAACGGUACUUGAUAUCAUCCCGGUACGGUACAACGACGAAGAGGAAGACGACGGAGACCCCGAAGACGAAGAACUACUAGUCGAGGCGGUCGAAGAACUCGAUGGCUUGGGAGUUACAUUUCUACGGGAAGAACCAGAACAAGACCUCAAUGCUACCCUUUUUUCUAACGAUACCACCACCAUUCCUACUAGCAGUACUACGGAGACUGUGGUCAAGAUCAUUCGCGGCCCUGGCACGAACUUUCAGCAUACGGUACCGUACAAUUUCACGCACAUUUUCCUCGUGGGAGGUCACUGCAAUGUACCCGGCGAAGAAGAAUGGGUGGCGGGUGAUUGGUAUACCAAAUUUGUGGGUGCGGGAAUGGAAACACUAGGGGUUCCGGUGGAAAACAAUAUUUGCAGUAAUGUCAAGGGCAAUGCGUAUACCCGCGAUUUUCACGUCGAAGCUCUGUGGCAAGUCCAGGCACUCGUGGGGAAUCAGUUGAAUGAAACACUGGUGAUUACCGCCGCGAUUGGGCUCGAGAGUGAUUGGUCUCCCGUGGCGGACUUACUACGACAAGGCAUGUCGUUCUUUCAUGCCAAAGAAGACGCCCAGAACUUUGAUCUCAAGGCGUUUGGAUUGGAUACUCGCGAUGUCCUCUAUUACUACUUUCGGUGGGACGAAGCCGGAUCGGCUGAACGCGCCGGUCGCGAACUCUGUCGGGUCAAGGGUGGCACCCAACAAUUGAAAGUCGCGAAAUUGUUGACGGGUGGUCGUAAUGGCUCCCUCGAUUAUCGUGUCAAUCUCGCCAUUGACACGUACACGCAAGAAAACAAUUGCGCUCACAUUGAAAUUGUCAAUCUCUGGACGGUCUAUGACAAUGUCACCGAUCAAGCGCUCAAAACGACGCUCAUCUUUAAUCCAUUUCCCGAUAUUAUCUUUACGGCACAAGAUCAAGUCGCCAAACGCAUCAUUGAUAUUGCCCGAAAUGCACUGUCGCCCGAUCAAUUCAGUCGGAUUGCCACUACGGGAUGGGAUAACAUUGAAGAGCAGUUGCUGAAUGAUUACAAGAUUCUGACGACCGUCGAUCAAUUGGUACACUAUCCCGGAAAGGGACUCUGGGGGGUAUUCAAAACUGUCAUUGGGAUUCUAGAAGAAACAGGACUCAAUUCCACCAAGACCAUUCAAGACGAACUCGAUCUCGGCGAGUCACUUACCAUCAGCUCGGAUACACUCACCAUUUCGUCCGAUCGAGUCGGAUUCCUCAUUUCCAAUCUAUUACAAGGAUACGAUGCCGGAUAUCCACCCUUUCAAGAAGUCGAGGUUUCGUCCGGAUUGUACGAUGUCACCAUUACCAAAAUGAUACCCUUUGAAGGAAAAUUCGAAGCCGUACUUUGGCUCCAAACGAGUUGGCACGAUCCUCGACUCGAAUGGAACUACGACGUGUACUCGGGAACACUCCCGAUGGAUCCCGAAACCAUUUGGACGCCUCGUCUCUACUUUCAAAACGAAUUUGACAAUGAAGAUCUCUACACGGCACCCGCCAUUAUCACACACACUGGCAAGGUCACCAUGCGACAAAACAUGAUGGCCGAAUUCCUCUGUUCCACCACGGAAGAUCUACGGUCGUUUCCGUUCGAUAUUUACAGUUGUGCCAUUGUCCUCGGGGCACCCGCCAGUAUUACACUGGAUUACAAGUACGGAUUUGAAGUCAUUGAAGUCGAUCCGCACUUUACCACCACCACCGCCACGUCACUCGAUGAAGAAGUUGGAACGCCCGAUCCACCGGGGGCACGAUCCGAAUUUGUCUAUUAUCAAAUGAUUUUCGAGAGGCGGCCCUUUAUCGCCUACGUACGUCUCAUUUUGCCGGCUGUAUUGAUUAACAUGGUCGGGUUCAUGGCCUUUUGGAUUCCGGAAAUGCAAGAAUCCGUCGCGCUGGGAAUCACGUCACUUCUCUGUUCCUUGACCUUUCGAGAAACGGUCGAAAUGCCCGAUACAGCCGAUGUCACGUGGACCGAAGUUUUUAUGAUGCUCAAUGUCAGUUAUCAAGCAUCCGUCAUGUUUAUCAUUUGGUGUUCCUACGGACACUCCAACAAAGUUGCCGCCGCCCUCGAUCAUUUCUUUGGAUUCAUUCAUCCCGUCAAGGUAUUCCGAUGGAUACUCCAGUUGCCCUUUUUGACGGGACGGUAUGUGGCCGAAAAAACCAUUAUCAAACCGGCCAAUGUCCAGCCCCGCGAUUACAAUCAAGCGGUACGACCCGUCCAGUACGGAGUGAGCCCCACCACGUUUAUGCGACGAGACAAGUUUGGUCGCAGUUUCAUGGGGCUACCGCAGCAGCAACAACAACCACAGCAGUAUCAACAACCCAUCGCCGAACCCAUGUACACCAAUGACAAUACUCGAGACUUGGUCGCCAACGAACUUUACAAUAGUGGCAACGCGUCCCUUUCCAGUUUUGCCGGAGAUGAUCACGAAACCGCCAAUCACACCGCCUUGAGAGCGUCGACGCAUUUACGAUCGCAGUUACGGGGUAUGGACACCAUCUCGGGGGCCGACGGUGACGAGGACGACUGGGAGUUUCAUGGAGCCUCACGGCAUACCCGACGUCUCCCACCCGCGUCGGCCGACAACUUGUACGGUGACGUCGAUCCCAACAUGUAUGACAAUGACAACAACAACAAGGACACCAAGGGCAACUAUAAUAUAAAUGCCAGCAAGACCAACAACCCAAAAGGAAAGAAAGAGAUCAAGGAACCCAAAGACCGAGUCAAUGUCGAUUGGAUCGGUCGAUGGUUCAUCUUUACCAGUUACGUCAUUGUCACAGCUACCUUGCUGGCGACGGGAUGGGGUUUCUACGAUACUCCGGGGGCUGCGAGUGCCGCCAUUCUGGGUGUGGGACGAUUUGCCCAAUAAGAUUGUUGGAAUCGAAUCUGCGAUAUCUUUUGGGACGAGGGAAUAACUUCUCCAGAGGCAAGGAAGUGUCGAGUCGAGUAUGGUACUGGACAAUCAAAAAGGGUAUAUGCGAAGGCAUGGUAUAUACGAAUGGACGAGCAACCGCGGUGCAAUGGGUAGCUGCCAGUCGGUAGCGGAGUCCUUCUCGCCCUUUCGGAUGGUUCUCUCGGUUGGCGCUUGCUGUCUGCUUUCGGUCUGCUGUGGCGGAUCGAUUUCAUUCGCUUCGUAUUCAUUUUUAAAGACCGGAAAACGUAGAACUGGUUUAGUAGAUGAUUAUAGUACUUUUUUGCAUGU